AUGUCAUCAACCAAUGCAGCGUCUGCCGUCGGCAUCAUCAGCAGCGACGGCGAGGCCCUGACCACGUCGGCUAUCGUUGCGGCGGAGGCCAUGACUGGGUCGCACGUGCUCCAGAUCAAAGGCUACUCCAUAACGACCAAGGAACUCGGCAACGGCAAACACAUCAAAUCCAGCACAUUCAGCGUGGGUGGUCACCGCUGGUAUAUCAGGUACUACCCUGAUGGCAAUGUCUUAGAAAAUGCCGGCUGGAUUUCUAUCUACCUGCAGCACGAUCAUACCGAUGCCGCUGUGGAAGUCAAUGCUCGAUUCGUAUUUGGUGUUCUGGACGACAGCGGCAAAUAUGUACCGAUGUUUAGCUCAGAAACCUCUGUGGACGAUACGUUCUCCUCCAAAAAUCGGUGCUGGGGCUUCUCCAAAUUCGUUUCAAGGAAAGCCCUGGAGGAAUCGUCUUAUAUAAGAGAUGAUUGCCUUAAAAUAAGGUGCGAUGUCAUCGUCUCUAAGGGCAUCAGCACAGAGGCCACUAUGCAGUUCGUCCUCGUGCCGCCGUCCAACAUGCAUCGGCAUUUUGGUUCCCUCCUCUCAGGCGCGGUGGGGGCCGACGUCACUUUUGAGGUUGCCGGAGAUAUGUUUGCUGCACACAGGUGUGUGCUGGCUGCAAGGUCAUCGGUUUUCAUGGCAGAGCUCUUUGGCCCCAUGAAGGAGAAGGCCAUGAACUGCAUAGAGAUCAAAGACAUGGAAGCAAGUGUGUUCGAGGCUAUGCUCCACUUCAUCUACACCGACACCAUGCCUGAUAUUGACCAGGAAGAUGCGUUUGUGAUCACACAUCAUUUGCUUGUAGCAGCGGACAGAUAUGAUCUAGAGAGGCUCAAACUGAUUUGUGAGGACAAGCUCUGCAUGUGCAUCGACACAAGCACCGUAGUGACUACACUGGCACUCGCUGAGCGGCAUGGUUGCCAGGGGCUCAAGAAGGCAUGUUUUGAGUUGCUGAAGUCGCCAAGCCAUCUGAAGACUGUCAUGGCGACCGAGGGCUUUGACCUUCUCUUGGCUUCUUGCCCAUCUCUUAUCAAAGAGCUGCUGGCCAAGGUUGCUCCCUGUCCAUGA